AGGAUGGACUCCCCGGCUCUCUGGCUCCUUCUCCCGGUCUCUCUGCUCCUCUCCCGGCCGCCCCGGCUCCUCUCUCACCCUCAAUGUCUGGACUUCAAGCCCCCGUUCCGCCCCCCCCAGGAUCUGACCUUCUGUGUUCAGUACCGGGAGUUCGGCUGCUGCGACUCAGCCCGGGACCGGGCGAUCCUGGACACCUUCUACCGGGUGAUGGGCAACGUGGACGCGGCCGGGUACGAGCUGUGUGCGGCACAUGUACAGGACAUCCUCUGCCAGGAGUGUUCUCCCUAUGCGGCUCAUUUGUUUGAUGCCGAGGACCCCGCAACCCCCGUAAGGACCAUUGCAGGGCUUUGCGAGGAUUAUUGCGCUGACGUCUGGGAAAAAAAUGCCAAUCCAUCUUCAGAUACAUGACAUCUGACAAAGAGCUGUUGUCCUUGGAAGGGAACAUGGCAAAGUUCUGCCGCCACUUGUCGCUGGAUGACGUUGACUACUGUUUCCCGCGUUUGCUGGUGAACACGAAACUGAACAAAGACUUGGGCUUGGUGACGGCUGACUCAGAGGGCUGUCUGCAGCUGUGUCUGGAAGAAGCGGCCAAUGGUCUUCAAAAUCCUGUGGCCAUGGUGCACGCCAAUGACGGCACGCAUCGGUUCUUCGUGGCGGAACAGGUGGGCCUGGUAUGGGCCUACCUUCCUGACCGUUCCAGGCUGGAAACUCCAUUUUUAAACAUCUCCAAAUCUGUCCUCACCUCUCCCUGGGAAGGCGACGAGCGAGGGUUUCUAGGAAUCGUCUUCCAUCCAAAUUUUAAGCACAACGGAAAAGUCUAUGUUUACUACUCGGUAGAGGUUGGCUUUGAUGAAAUCAUACGAAUCAGUGAAUUCAGAGUUUCCUCUCAUGACAUGAACAUGAUUGACCACAGUUCCGAAAGAAUAAUCCUGGAGGUGGAAGAGCCAGCGUCCAAUCACAAUGGCGGAGAGGUGUUGUUCGGAGAUGACGGCUAUCUCUACAUAUUUAUUGGAGACGGAGGAAUGGCUGGAGAUCCAUUUGGGAAGUUUGGGAAUGCACAGAACAAGUCUACAUUGUUGGGCAAAGUUCUACGCAUCGAUGUCAAUCACAAUAACCACGGCCCACUUUACCGGAUCCCACCUGACAACCCGUUUGUCAACGACCCAUCUGCCAGACCUGAAAUCUUUGCUUACGGGGUGAGGAACAUGUGGCGCUGCUCUUUUGACAGGGGAGACCCUCAGACAAAGGAGGGGAAAGGACGCCUCUUCUGUGGAGACGUGGGACAGAAUAAAUUUGAAGAAGUCGACAUUGUGGAGAAAGGAAGGAAUUAUGGCUGGAGGGCCAGGGAAGGAUUCAGCUGCUAUGAUAAAAAGCUUUGUACCAAUGCGUCACUAGAUGAUGUUCUUCCUAUUUUCGCCUACCCCCAUAAGUUGGGGAAGUCGGUCACUGGGGGAUAUGUGUACAGAGGCUGCGAAUAUCCAAAUUUAAAUGGUCUUUAUAUAUUUGGAGAUUUUAUGAGUGGACGUCUGAUGGCUCUGAAAGAGGAGCAGAAUACGGGACAAUGGCAGUACCAUGAGAUCUGCAUGGGCAUGGGUCAGACCUGCAUGUUUCCCAAACUCAUUAAUAAUUAUUACCAGUAUAUUAUCUCUUUUGGAGAGGAUGAAGCAGGGGAGCUCUACUUCAUGUCCACUGGUAUACCAAGUGCUACAUCUCCCACGGGUGUCUUGUACAAGAUUGUUGACAGUUCAAGGAGGGCCCCGCCUGGUAAAUGCCGAUAUCACCCCUUACCGGUCAAGACGAAAAGCACCACUUUGCCAUUUGUGCCAAAAGAAAGUAAGUUACCACCCCCCAAUGCAACACCUGAUUGGGUGGAACAGCUAUUAAAGCUCAUUCAAGGUGAAAAAAUCCCAACCACCUCCAGACCAACCACAACCAAACCACCAAAACCAAAGAAAGGCGGUAAGAGCAACGAAAAGAGAGGUCAAAGAAAGAAAACAAAAGCAAAUGCCGGGGCAGACUCUAGGCCGAGAUCUGUGGAAAUAUAUACUGGGUCAGUUCGCUUGGCUAAUGGCAAUAAACCUGACCGUGGAAGGGUUGAGAUCUUUGUCAAUGGACAGUGGGGCACGGUGUGCGAUGACUUGUGGAACAGCAAAGCGGCAGCCGUUGUGUGCCGACAGUUGGGAUUCCCCAAUGUUGUAAAGGCUGCCAAACAAGCAGAAUUUGGAGAAGGAAAGAACCUUCCCAUACUUCUUGAUGAUGUGGAGUGCACGGGCAAGGAGAAGACUCUACUGGACUGUAAGCACAAGGAGAUUGGCAAACACAACUGUGGCCACCAAGAAGAUGCUGGGGUCAUAUGUAGCCACACAGAAGAAGCCUAA